UCUCGAUCUCUGCCGAACCGUAGCUUCGGGGACUGUCGUGCAGCGCUGGGGAGUUUACGCCACGCCCAGACUUGUUUGCAGUCUGGACCACUGCAGCUGUGGCUGCGCUGCCCUCCCCUCCGCUGACCUGCUGGGCGAGGAGCCAGUGAGUGGCCGGGCUGCUGUCGCGGGUUCCCCUCGGACCACGUGAGGGCUGUUUACUGGAGACCGGAGCUGACACUUCUGCACGACAGCUUCUCCCAGAGCGCACGGUUCUGCGGGAGUCCCUUUCCGUUAAGAGCGUUUAACUGGGACAGGAACUGGCCAGGCGGGAACCACAGCUGUCCUGCUGUGAACGGUCCUGCCAGAGCAGUUUGCCUCAGUCUGUUAUCUUUUCAGACUGAGCUCUGUCUGCUUUCAGUCAUGCAGGAAGAGGAAGAUGUCUGCCCGGAGGCUGGUUUCUGUCUGGGCUCUACCCUGAGCUCUUGGCGGCUUCCUUUCAUGGAGGAGCAUUCACAGUCCACUAUGCUAAUGGGAAUUGCAAUUGGAGUCCUCCCAGCACUGACCUUUGUUGGUAUUGCCAUCUUUUUUGUGUACAGAAGGUUUAACGCAUUGAGACAAGCAGAGCCUACUCCUCAGUACAGGUUCCGGAAGAGGGACAAAGUGAUGUUUUAUGGCCGGAAGAUCAUGAGGAAGGUGACCACACUCCCUCACACGCUUGUUGGAAACACAGCUGCACCCCGGCAGCGGGUCAGGAAGAGGACCAAGGUGCUAUCUUUGGCCAAGAGGAUUCUGCGUUUCAAGAAAGAAUACCCCACCCUGCAGCCGAAAGAGCCCCCACCCUCCCUGUUGGAAGCUGACCUCACGGAGUUUGAUGUGAAGAAUUCUCACUUGCCUUCAGAAGUUUUGUACAUGCUGAAAAAUGUUCGGGUCCUGGGCCACUUUGAGAAGCCACUGUUUCUGGAGCUUUGCAAACACAUGGUCUUUGUGCAGCUGCAGGAGGGGGAGCAUGUCUUCCGGCCUGGUGAGCCAGACACCAGCAUCUAUGUGGUACAGGAUGGGCGACUGGAGGUCUGCAUCCAGGACACUGAUGGCACCGAGGUGGUGGUCAAAGAGGUUCUGCCAGGAGACAGUGUCCACAGCCUCCUCAGCAUUCUGGACGUGAUCACUGGUCAUACUGCACCCUAUAAAACCGUCUCCGCCCGCGCAGCUGCUUCGUCCACCAUCCUUCGGCUUCCUGCAGCUGCUUUUGAAGGAGUUUUUGAGAAGUACCCUGAAACCCUUGUGAGGGUAGUGCAGAUAAUCAUGGUGAGGCUGCAACGCGUGACCUUCAUGGCUCUGCACAACUACCUAGGUCUGACCACUGAGCUCUUCAACCCUGAGAGCCAAGCCAUCCCUCUCUUGUCAGUAGCCAGUGUGGCAGCUGGACGGGCCAAGAGGCUGAUGUCCAGUGGCCCAGAGGAGCGGCUUGAGAGGCUCCCCCGGCCUUCAGAGUCCAGUGACUCAGAUCAUGGGGGCAGCCGCCUGGCAGUCUCUGGGCCUCUGCUGAAGAGGAGCUGCUCCGUCCCUCUGCCUUCCAUCCACAGGGAGAUCGCAGAUGAACUUGGGCAGUCCCAGAUGGGUGGCCCUGACCCUUCAUUCCCCCAAGAAACCCAAGGGGCAGCCCCCUCAGACCUGGGAAUGGCAUAUGAUCGCGCCAGAGUCUUGCCAUACUCAGACGAGCACUCUGGGAGCUUUGUGGCCAGUAAGUCCAAGAAAAAUGUGGUAGUUGCAGAGAUCCCCUCUGUUGUCUUCCAUUAUUCGGAGAGUCCCUGGGAUGAGUCUGGGGCCAGCAGUAAGACGGAUGCCAUCUUCAGAGCUGCCAAGAAGGACCUGCUAACCCUGAUGCAGCUGGAUGACCCAUCUCUGUUGGAUGGCCGGGUGACAUUGCUCCACGUCCCUGCAGGCACCGUAGUGUCAAAACAGGGAGAUCAGGACGUCAACAUCUUGUUUGUGGUCUCGGGGCUGCUGCACGUGUACCAGCGGAAGAUUGACAGCCAGGAGGAUACCUGCCUGUUCCUCACCCACCCUGGGGAAAUGGUGGGCCAGCUGGCAGUGCUCACUGGUGAGCCACUCAUGUUCACCAUCAGAGCCAACAGGGAAUGCAGCUUCUUAUCCAUCUCCAAGGCCCACUUCUAUGAGAUCAUGCGGAAACAGCCAGCCAUCGUCCUGGGUGUGGCCCACACUGUUGUGAAGAGAAUGUCAUCCUUCGUGAGGCAGAUUGACUUCGCGUUAGACUGGAUGGAGGUGGAGGCCGGGCGUGCCAUAUACAGGCAGGGAGACAAGUCCGAUUGCACAUAUAUCGUCCUUAGCGGCCGGCUGCGUUCUGUGAUCCGGAAGGACGAUGGGAAAAAGCGCCUGGCAGGGGAAUAUGGCCGUGGGGACCUUGUUGGUGUGGUGGAGACACUGACCCACCAGGGCAGGGCGACCACAGUGCAUGCUGUCCGGGAUUCAGAACUAGCCAAGCUGCCAGCAGGAGCCCUGACAUCCAUCAAGCGCAGGUACCCACAGGUGGUGACUCGGUUGAUUCACCUUUUGGGUGAAAAGAUCCUGGGCAGCCUACAGCAGGGAUCCGCGACAGGUCACCAACUUGGGCUUCAUGCAGCAAACAGCAAGUGGGACUCGGGGAAUACAGCCAGCAACUUAUCCACGGUGGCAGCAAUGCCUGUGUCUGAAGAUGUGCCCCUCACUGCUUUCGCCCUGGAGCUCCAGCAUGCCCUCAGUGCCAUCGGUCCUGUCCUGCUGCUGACUAGUGACAACAUCAAACAGCGCCUUGGCUCUGCUGCCCUGGACAGUAUCCAUGAGUACCGGCUGUCCAGCUGGCUGGGGCAGCAGGAGGAUAUCCACCGGAUUGUGCUCUACCAAGCAGAUAGCACACUCACGCCCUGGACCCAGCGCUGUAUCCGCCAGGCUGACUGCAUCCUUAUCGUGGGCCUGGGUGAGCAAGAGCCAACAGUGGGCGAGCUGGAGCGGAUGCUGGAGAACACAGCCGUACGUGCCCAGAAACAACUGAUCUUACUGCACAGGGAGGACGGCCCAGGGCCGGCCCGCACUGUAGAGUGGCUCAACAUGCGGAGCUGGUGCUCCGGCCACCUGCACCUCUGCUGCCCACGUCGCGUCUUCUCCAAGAGGAGCUUACCCAAGCUGGUGGAGAUGUACACGCGCGUUUUCCAGCGGCCUCCUGACCGGCACUCAGACUUCUCACGCCUGGCACGAGUGCUGACAGGCAAUGCCAUUGCCUUAGUGCUUGGAGGGGGUGGAGCAAGGGGCUGUGCCCAAGUAGGUAUUCUUAGGGCCUUGGCGGAGUGCGGCAUCCCCGUGGACAUGGUUGGAGGGACAUCCAUCGGGUCUUUCAUGGGUGCCCUGUUCUCUGAGGAGCGGAGCUACAGCCAGAUGCGGAUCCGGGCCAAGCAGUGGGCAGAGAAUAUGACCUCGAUGGUAAAAACCAUGCUGGACUUGACCUACCCAAUCACAUCCAUGUUCUCCGGAGCUGGCUUCAACAAUGGCAUCAGCAGCGUCUUUGGAGACCGGCAGAUUGAGGACCUCUGGCUCCCCUACUUUGCCAUCACCACUGACAUCACAGCCUCUGCCAUGCGGGUCCACACAGAUGGCUCCCUGUGGAGAUAUGUUCGUGCCAGCAUGUCCCUGUCAGGCUACAUGCCCCCGCUCUGUGACCCCAAGGAUGGACACCUGCUGAUGGAUGGAGGUUACAUCAACAAUCUCCCAGCGGAUGUGGCCAGAUCCAUGGGGGCAAAGGUGGUGAUCGCCAUUGACGUGGGCAGCCGGGACGAGACAGACCUUACCAACUAUGGUGAUGCCCUGUCUGGGUGGUGGCUGCUUUGGAAACGCUGGAACCCCUUGGCCACAAAAGUCAAGGUGUUGAACAUGGCUGAGAUUCAGACACGCCUGGCCUACGUAUGCUGUGUUCGGCAGCUAGAGAUGGUAAAGAACAGCGACUACUGUGAGUACCUGAGGCCCCCCAUUGACAACUACGGCACCCUGGAAUUCAGCAAGUUUGACGAGAUCUGUGAAGUUGGAUAUCAGCACGGGCGGACAGUGUUUGACAUCUGGGUUCGGAGUGGUGUGCUGGAGAAGAUGCUACAGGACCAUCAGGGGACAAGCAAGAGGAAGGCCUGUGGGGUCCUCACCUGCCCCAAUGCCUCCUUCACGGACCUUGCUGAGAUGGUGUCACGCAUUGAGCCAGCCAAGGGGGUUGCCGUGGAUGAUGAAUCUGACUACCAGACUGAGUACGAGGAGGAACUGCCAGAAGUCCCCAAGGACGCAUACGCUGACUUCCAGAGCACUGGGACGGAAGUGGACUCUGAAUCAGAGGAUGAGCCCACGCUAUGGAGUGGACACCCUAGCCUGGCUUCCCCAGAACCAUCACCCCAGGAUACCUACUCCAGGCUCCCUGAACAGGAUGAGCAGGGACCUCAGCCUUAAUGCCCCUCUUGACCCUCUUAAUUCAGCCUCUCCCCUUGGGCUGACCUGGAGGUUGAGGCUCCACCCCCUUCUAGGAGGUUACUCCUGCCUGAGAGCAAGACCAGGAGGAAGUGGCCAGCCUGCCAGUGGGUUGGUGUAGGCUGGUUCAGGAGAGCCUUGGGCCACAUUGCCUUGCUGGUACACCUUGUACCCCAUAGCAAUACUGGGAGGCUCUGAAGCCUCAGCAAAGUGUGGGAGCACUGGAUUGGCAUGUUAAUAAAGUCCUGAUUGUGUGGA